AUGAAAGCAAACACAGCAAUCAUUGUGACUACUUUAGCUCUGCUACUGAUCACUCAAACAAUCGCAGAAGCUCAGCACAAUCCCACACACAAAGAAGUAGAAGAAGAAAAGAGAUCAAGAAGCACUAGAAGCAGCAGCAGAAGCAGAAGCAGAAGCAGAAGUAGAAGAGGCAGCAGCCAUGGAGGAAGAACAAGAUCAAACUGUGAUCCAUUGUUUCAAUACCUGUUUGGAACCUGCGGCCAAUGGCCCUUUCCUAUAAACCCUUCCCCAAGCAACCCUUUUGACCCAAAACCUGGACCCUCUCCUCGACCGCCACGUAUCCCGCCUUCUCCUCCCACACUCCCCUUCCCUCCUUCACUUCCAUCUCCACCCCCAGUAGUACUAUCUCCACCCCCAUUAGUACUAUCUCCACCACCACCAGCACCCCCACCUUUAGCUGCUGCUCCACCGCCAUCAUCACCUCCGCCUUCGCCCUCACCACCACCCCCUUUGCCAUCGCCACCACCUCCUUUGCCUUCGCCGCCACCGCCUUCUCCACCUCCUCCACCACCAUUAGUUCCAUCACCACCUCCACCAUCUCCUAGUCCACCACCACCACCAGAAUUCCUCCCCCCACCCAUCCCAAUUGUAUAUCCACCACCAGAAAUGAUACAACCACCCACCCUUCCAUGGCUAACACCUCCCCCAUUAGUACCUACACCAGAGCAACCAGCCUUUGAUCUUCCUCCACCUACACCAGACUUACCACCACCUGAUGAAGACUCUUCUCCAUCACCCCCACUUGUCCCAAUAUUUACAUCACCGCCACUGCCUUUUGAGCCUCCUCCAUUUCCAUUUGCACCACCAAUUAUAUCAUCCCCAACUGCACCAGACCCUGGUGUGAUUGAUCAGCCACCAUCUUUGCCCAUUCCUCAGUCACCAGAAAUCUUUCUUCCACCUCCAAUUCCUGAAGUGCCCCAAAAUCCACAGGGGCCAUUUCCAUUUGUACCACCAAUUAUAUCAACCCCAACUGCACCAGACCCUGGUGUGAUUGAUCAGCCACCAUCUUUGCCCAUUCCUCAGUCACCAGAAAUCUUUCUGCCACCUCCAAUUCCUGAAGUACCCCAAAAUCCACAGGAGCCAUUUCCAUUUGGGUCCGCGCCACCAGCUCCAGAUAUGGAUUUCAUUGAGCCAUUGUCACCCCCAGAAAUCCCUUUUCUGCCUCCUGUUGAUCAGCUUCCACCGUUUGAUUCACCUCCCUCUUAUACUUAAGAACUAAUUAAUUAAAUUGUUUUCUUUGGUUCUUAUGCUUCUUCAAUCUAGAUGAAAAUAAUUGCUACGUACCAAAAUGUGAGUUGUGUUUUGUUUUGUAAUGUAUCAAUGUUUUGGAGAAUUUGG